GGCUCCGCCCCUCGAGAGGAAACGCGCAGGCGCACUAAGCCCGUGAGGCGUGGGGGCCACGCUACUCCGUGCCAGAAAACGAUCAGCGCAGGCGUACUAAUUCUGCUAGGCGUGGCCCAGUUGUCUCCGCCUCCGGGAGGCGUGGCCUCGGAACCCGCGGUGUCGGAGGCGGCUCUGGGCCGGCGUGACUCAGGUCUGAUCCUCGCUCGAGUGGCUGGCGAUUUGCGCCCGUUGAAGGAGGACUGCCUCGCUAGCCCGGAGCUCUUCAGGGGAGGGGCUUUGUGUGUGUGUUUUUGUGUGUACCUCUUUGUGCACCCGGCCCCAUGGCGGGCAGCCAGGAACACUCAGGGGAAUAUCAUCCCUUGCCAGCUUACGAAGAUGAGGAUGAUGAAGAGUUGCUGGUCCAUGUGACGGAGGGGCUGAAAGAUUCCUGGCACCACAUCAAGAACCUGGAUAACUUCUUCACCAAAAUCUAUCAUUUCCACCAGAGGAACGGCUUCGGCUGCAUGAUGCUUUCUGACGUCUUUGAGCUGGUGCAGUUCCUGUUUGUGGCCACUUUCUCCACCUUCCUGCUCUGCUGCGUGGAAUAUGACAUCCUCUUCGCCAACCAGCCCGUCAAUCACACCCACCCCGACGGAGGAGGAAGGGGCUUUGCGCCCGACCGGAGCAAGGUGACACUGCCGGAUGCUAUCCUGCCGGCUGCCCAGUGUGCUGAGAGGAUCCAGGCCAAUAGUGGUAUUAUUUUCCUGCUAGUCAUGGCUGCCACUUUCUGGCUUUACCGUUUGGUGAAGGUCCUUUGCAGCCUGUUGAGCUACUGGGAGAUCCGGUCCUUUUACACCAAGGCGCUCAAGAUUCCCUCGGAGCAGCUGUGCAACUGCAGCUGGCAGGAGGUACAGGCCCGGCUGAUCUCGCUGCAACAGGAACAGCAGCUCUGCGUCCACCGGCGGGAGCUGACCGAGCUGGACAUCCACCACCGUAUCCUUCGCUUCAAGAACUACCUGGUGGCCAUGGUCAACAAGUCCCUGCUCCCCGUCCGCUUCCAGCUGCCCCUGCUGGGCCGGGGAGUCUUCCUGACCCAGGGUCUCAAGUACAACCUGGAGCUGCUACUGUUCUGGGGGCCAGGGUCCCUUUUCCAGGGCAAGUGGAACCUCCAGCCUCAGUACAAGCGUGCCGGGGCCCGGCUAGAGCUGGCCCGCCGGCUGGAGCGCAGCCUGCUGCUCCUUGGAAUCGCCAAUUUGUUGCUGUGUCCCUUCAUCCUGGUCUGGCAGGUCCUCUACGCCUUCUUCAGCUACACCGAAGCGCUGAAGCGGGAGCCUGGGAGCCUUGGCGCUCGGCGUUGGUCGCUCUAUGGCCGGCUCUACCUCCGCCACUUCAAUGAGCUGGACCACGAGCUGCAUGCCCGGCUGAGCCGCGGCUACAAGCCAGCGUCCAAAUACAUGAACUCGUUCGCCAACCCUCUGCUGGCCGUGGUGGCCCGGAACAUCGGCUUCUUCGCUGGCUCCCUCCUGGCCGUGUUGAUCACCCUGACCGUUUACGAUGAGGACGUGCUGACUGUCCAACACAUCCUGACCGCCAUCACACUGCUGGGACUGGUAGUCACACUGGCCAGGGCCUUUAUCCCGGACGAGCACCUGGUGUGGUGCCCGGAGCAGCUACUCCAGUGUGUGUUGGCCCACAUCCACUACAUCCCCGACCACUGGCAAGGCAACGCUCACAAGUCGGAGACCCGCGAGGAGCUGGCCCAGCUCUUCCAAUACAAGGCGGUCUUCAUCCUGGAGGAGCUGCUCAGUCCCAUUGUGACUCCCUUCCUCCUCAUCUUCGCCCUGCGGGCCAAAGCACUGGAAAUUGUGGACUUUUUCCGGAAUUUCUCGGUGGAGGUGGUGGGCGUGGGGGACAUCUGCUCUUUUGCCCAGCUGGACAUCCGUAACCACGGCAACCCCCAGUGGCUGUCGCAGGGCCGGACCGAAGCGUCCGUCUACCAGCAGGCCGAGAACGGCAAGACGGAGCUCUCCCUGGUCCACUUUGCCAUCGCCAACCCACACUGGCAGCCCCCGCCCGAAAGCUCCCUCUUCAUCGGGCACCUGAAGGAGAAGGUGCAGCAGGACGCCUCCCACGCCCAGCGCCUCCUGGCCGAGGGACCCUUGGCGGCCUCCCUGCUCUCCGAUGAGGGUCCAGGCCCUGUGCCGGAUGCCCUCCUGGCCAGCGUCCUGACCCACCCGGUCCUCACCGAGCGUCGGCUGGUUGCUCCACCCGGCAGCACGGCCAGCGUGACAGCUAGCAUCUUGGCCUCCCUGUCUUCUUCCCAGCCAUCCCGGCACAGGAGCCGUCCUGGGGAGGCCUCGGUUUGCAACAGCCAGAGCCCCCUUUUGGAGAACAGCACUGCCCCCUCUGCCCCACGCCAGGCUCCCCUCAGCCGCUCGGUUCUGCUCUCCGAGUUGGCAUCGGCCGAGAUGAGUCUGCACGCCCUCUACAUGCAUGAGCUUCACCAGCAACAAGCAGCUGCCCGCCUCGCUCUGCAGCCUUCGGCGCAAACAGCAUCCUCUCGGCGUCUCUUUGAUUCACGCAGCCAGGACCGCUCGCUAGAGGUUUGGGAAGAGGAGUCGGACGAGAUGCAGCAGCAGCAGCAGGAGCCAGAGAAGAGCUAGCAGGAACCGCCACUCACUCCUUCCUUCCUUCCUCUGUGUUUUGGAGGGUUGGCAGUGCCAUGGAUAGCUUGCCCGGACAGCCCUCCUGCUGGCAGAACGUGCUUGGAAGUGGGGUCUCCGGGUGUCUCCCCACUUGGCGGGGCAGGCGUGGAUGACGGCCGCCCCUCCUUUGCUGUGGACUUGUGUGUGACAAGCAGCCUCGUUGGCGAGGCUUCCUGGCCCCUCUUCGUGGGGGGGGCAGUGUACGCUUCUUAAGGGGGGUGAAUAAGCUUUGGGGCUGGUUUGGGCCCCGCACGGUGCUAUUUGUAUUAUGGGGGUCUCUCGGGUCAAGAGAGAAAGGGGUGGGGGAGGCUCUGCUCUCACCCUGUGCUUUCCCCUCCCAUCCCCGUCCUCCCGGGCUGGUCCACCCAACCCCUCCUCUCCACCACACAUGCUGUGGUGGUUGCAUCGCAGGGGAGUUUGGCGGGGGAUAAUAAAUGUUUACAGAUGUGACAAAGUGACAAAGGGCCUUGUUGCUCUUUAUGGGAGUGGGAGGAAGCGGGGGCACAGAAAUCCCCUGUUUUUGUCCUUUGGGGAGUGGUCUCUCUCGAUGCAGGUUCGCAGGCAGAGUGCUGAGCGACGGCAAUGGGCUGCCACCCUCGGUUGGUAGGAAAACGAUGGCGGAGAUGGGCUCGGUGGUGCCAUUGCAGUGGGUCGUUUUGGUUGGUACAAUUUGGAUACUGGGAUUGCUGAGUGGAUUGGGGAGGGGGUCUAUAGGAAGGAUCCGUUUCCCUUGAAGCCACCAAAAUCCUUCCUGCUGCACAUUUCUCCCAAAAGUGCCUCCGGGAGAAAGCCUCUUAUCACCCGCCCACCGUCGCGCGGCCUGUUUUGUUCCCCAGUGGAUUAACUAGUCAUAAAAGCAGGAAGCUGACCCAGAUAACCGGCAGAGCCAGUCCUCAAGUUACAACCACAAUUGAGGGCAAAAUUUCUGUUGCUAAGUGAAACAUUUGGGAAGGGAGUGUUGAUGACUUUCCUGGCCACAGUUUUUAAGUGAAUCAUUGUGUUUGUGAAGCUAGUCACAUGGUUGUUAAACGAAUCUGGCUUGACUCUUGACAUUGCUGGUCAAACGGUCACAAAAGGCGGCCACCAUAAAUACGAACCAGUUGCUGAGGGUCCGAAUUUUGAUCACCUGAUCCCAGGGAUGCCGCAAAGGUCGUAAGUGUGGGAAACGGUCCGAAGUCGAUUUUUUCGAUGCUGUUGGAACUUUGAACAGUUGCUAAGUGAACCAUUGUAGGCCGAGGACUACCUGUGCCACAGGAGGAGAACUCCAAUGGCCUGCCCGUUGUGACGGUUGCAAUAUGGGUCACCCAUGAGACCAACCUGAUUUUAUGAUCUGUUUUGGGGCGUUCAAUAAAUCAGUUGGAGUGAUGCGGUGGCCUAGAGGUGGAGCUCUCACUUCAUGACCAGGAGGCUGUGAGUUUGAUCCUAGGUAGAGGCAGGUAUUUUUCUCUCUGGGCACACUGAGAAUGUAUCUGCUGAACAAAACUGCACAGUGACAACAGGAAGGGCAUCCGGCCACUAAAACACUCUCUAGCUCCAUUCACUUGCCCAGACUCCACCCUGCAAGGGAUUAUGGGGUCGUUAAAAGGAGAUGAUGAUGAUAAUGAUGACUAAAUGAAUCAGUGUGAGGCAGUUUAACCAAAUUGAUGGACAUUCACACCAAAAUGAUAUCGAGCGAUUGUGAGACCCUGCAAAUAGCACCCAAAAUUGGUUCUGUAACCAUGGGGAUGGGUGAGGCAGCUGCCAAAAGUUCAGAACUGUAUCAUAAGUGGCCGCCAAGAAAGUCCAUAGUAACUUUGAACAGUCAUUAAGCAAUCGGUCGUAAGUCAAGGACUCCCUGUACACUUGGUAGCGGUUGUGGGGAGGGACCCUUUUGAGGUGCCCAGGUUCUGGGCAUCAGGUACAGAUUUGUGGUCCCCGAGGUUCCCAUGUGGAAGACGAGAUGGUUUUGCCAACCUCUUCCUGAGAAGGAUACUGCGACCAGCCAUCCUAUCCCCACCCCAGAAAGGAAGAAUGGCUGCGAAGGUGGGCACACAAGG